AUGGGUAAAAGUAGUAAAGAUAAGAGAGAUUUAUAUUAUCGGAAAGCGAAAGAGCAAGGUUACAGAGCGAGAUCUGCAUUUAAAUUAUUGCAAUUAAAUGAUCAAUUUCAUUUCCUGGAUGAUACAAACUUGAAAAGAGUGGUAGACUUAUGUGCAGCACCAGGGUCAUGGUCACAAGUGUUAUCAAAGAAAUUGUUCAAUGAUACUACCCUUGAGCAACAAAAUGAAAGGAAAAUUGUUGCUGUAGAUUUACAACCAAUGUCUCCUAUCGACCAUGUUGUUACGUUACAAGCUGAUAUUACACACCCCAAGACUUUAAAGAGAAUUCUAGAGAUAUUCGGAAAUGAAAAGGCAGACUUCGUUUGCAGUGACGGGGCACCAGAUGUCACAGGUCUGCAUGAUUUGGAUGAAUAUGUGCAACAACAAUUAAUUAUGAGUGCUCUUCAAUUAACGACAUGUAUCUUGAAAGAAGGUGGUACUUUUGUGGCCAAGAUUUUUAGAGGUAGGGAUAUUGACAUGCUGUAUUCCCAGCUAGGAUACCUUUUUGAAAACGUCGUAUGUGCAAAACCAAAAUCAUCUAGAGGUACGUCAUUAGAAGCAUUUAUUGUUUGUCUUGGGUACAAGCCACCUUCCAAUUGGAAACCAAGGUUAGAUGUAGACUUCUCUGUGGAAGAGUUUUUCAGUACAUGCAAUUUGAAUAAAUUACAAAUAUCGGAUAAACUACAAGAUUGGCACGAAGAAGAGCGUAAGAUUGCACCAUUCAUGUCUUGCGGAGAUCUACAAAGUUUUGACUCUGAUGCGACAUAUCGUCUGGAUGAUUUUAAAGGUGAUUCCAUUCUAUCUUUGGAUCCUGUUCAAAGUCCGACAAAUCCUCCAUAUAAGAAAGCAUUGGAAUUGAAAAGGAGUGGUAAGCUUACGCGAGCUAUAUAG